UAUUUCUCACUCUACUAGACUCUACAAGCCAUGUGGCUCUAUCUGGUGGCACUUGUGGGCCUGUGGACACUCCUGCGAUUGUUCAGGGAGAGGAAGGUGGUGAGCCAUCUCCAUGACAAGUAUGUCUUCAUCACGGGCUGUGACUCUGGCUUUGGGAACCUGCUGGCCAGACAGCUGGACAGGAGAGGCAUGAAGGUGCUGGCAGCAUGUCUGACAGAGAAGGGAGCGGAGCAGCUGAGGAGCAAGACAUCUGAGAGGCUGGAGACAGUGAUCCUUGAUGUCACCAAGACAGAGAGUAUUGUGGCAGCCACUCAGUGGGUGAAGGAGCAUGUUGGGAACAGAGGACUCUGGGGCCUGGUCAACAAUGCUGGCAUUUCCACCUUCUCAGGUCCCAAUGAGUGGAUGAACAAACAGAACUUUGCAACUGUACUGGAUGUGAACCUGUUGGGCAUGAUCGAGGUGACUCUGAGCAUGCUGCCCUUAGUGAGGAAGGCAAGGGGUCGAGUGGUCAAUGUCUCCAGCAUCGUGGGCCGAGUGUCUUUCUUUGGUGGUGGUUACUCCAUCUCCAAGUAUGGUGUAGAGGCCUUCUCAGACUCCCUCAGGAGGGAGCUCUCCUAUUUUGGGGUGAAGGUGGCUAUUAUAGAGCCAGGCUUCUUCCUGACGGAUAUGACCAGUAGUGCCAGAGUAAUAUCAAAUGUGCAGAUGCUGUGGGACCAGACCAGCUCAGGAAUCCGGGAGAUCUAUGACGAGAAAUACCUGGCGUCCUAUCUGAAAAUGCUAAGUGGAUUGGACCAGAGGUACAACAAGGACCUGUCUUUGGUGACUGACUGCAUGGAGCAUGCUCUGACUGCCUGUCACCCUCGCACUCGAUACUCAGCUGGUUGGGAUGCCAAGCUCUUCUACCUUCCCUUGAGCUACCUGCCCACAUUUCUUGCAGAUGUCUUUUUCUACUGGACUUCUGCAAAGCCUGAGAAAGCUCUGUGA